CAGAGUCAAUCGGGCUGUCAGGCAAACAACAACUGCCUCAACUAGUGAGAGAUUCAGUCGAAAAGCAUAAAAAAUAUAUGUACAUAUAUGAAUUCAUAAAAAUAUAAAUAUUUAUGCCUCUAAAGUGUGUGAAAAUGAUACGGAUACACGCAAACGAAAAUGCGCACGAACAAGUGAAAAGUUCCAACGAAAAACGCUGCAAAUAAAUAAAUUAAUAAUAAAGACAGCAAUAAAUUUAAUUGUGUGUUGACUACUGUAGAUACGUUGAUUAGAACUGUAGUUAUAGAUUGGCACACUUAAGUGAGUGCCUGUGAGUUAAGCAAACAAUGCCCAUGUUGCCGACCAUUGAAGAGGAGAGCAAACUAAGCUGGCUGCGUCUCAUAUGGCGAUAUCGCCAGCAGUUUCAGGCAAUGUCCGCGGCCUCGGCCGUCUUUGUGGCCAGUGGCAUGCGCUUGGCCUGGUCAAUCUUCGACACGCCGGCGGGCAAACUGCUAAAUGACUACAGCACGCACAAUCUGAUGGUGAGCUGGUUCUUUGGCGUCGCCUUUGGCGCACUGCUGGCGGCCUUCUUUGUCCAGCACGUCAGCAAAAACAUAGCCUACACUUCCAGUGGACUACUGCUGUUGGCUGCGGGUAUUAUGAGCUUGACACUGCCUCGACACUUCAACGCAGCCUGCUACAGCAGCUUCAGCGUGGGUGCUGCCUAUGGCCUAACCCAACUGCAGGCAGCGGUAACUGGCGGCGAGGUGGCACACAAGUCCAUACGGGGCAUGCUGCUGAGCUGUGAGCGUGUCUUCCUCUGGCUGGGCGUCUGUGUGCAGCUGUUCUACACGCGCCUCUGGUAUAAGCUGGAGCCGCUGGAGCGAGGUCAUAGCAUGCAUAUUGAUCAGAUGCAUGGCCUCAUAUUGGGCUGCUUGGGCUUGGCGGCCGUUGUGUUGUCGCUGGGUCAUCGCUUGGAGUCGCCGCUGCUGCUGCUGCGCCAGGAUAGGGAUAUGGUGGAUACGCUUAAGCAACUGCAUGGUAAUUCGCAAUCUGGCACGGAGUUACUGCGCUUGCGCGAGGAUUGCCGACAGCUGCACAAUGCCCGUAAUUGGGAACUGUUUGCGCAGCAGGCAUCUCCGGAAUCCGGCUGUCAGCGCUUCUUGCGCCGCUUGGUACCGCUGUUUAAGCUGCUACUGCUGCGCGGCUUUGUGGCCCUGGCCAUGUCGUUGGAGUUCAAUCGCGCCUUUCUGCUGGUCAGCUGGCAUGGCCUGGAGUGCGAUAUGAACUGCCUGUACUGGCUGGCAUGCUGUGGCUUUGUGGGCAGCGUGGGUGGAGCUUUGCUUGUGGACUGGCAAGGACGUCGAAAGCUCUGCUCACUGUCGUUGUUUGUCGCUGGCAUUCUGAUUGUUAUGAUUGGCGGCGUUUUCGAGCACCUGGAGUCAGCCAAGAAGACCUAUGAUGACAUAAAUCUACAGGCCAUAGCCUUGCUUAUGCUACUCUUUGAACUAAUUGUUGCUGGCGGCGUGGCAGUGCCGGCAUUUGUCUACACGGGCGAAGCCUUUGGCGUUACUGACAAGGCCAGGUACUUUGCUGUUAUUUUGAUCUGCGAGCAGCUUCUGCAAUCGGGUCUGAUAGCUGCAGCCUUUUUGCACAGCUUGAGAGACUCAGUGUUCUUUUUCACCUUGGGUGGUUUGAGUUUUGCUUUUGGUCUCCUGGUCUUUAUGCUUAUGCCGGAGACUAGACAUUUAACACUCUAUGAGUGCCUGCUUAAGUUUAACAAAGUUCCCUAGGCCGUGAGUGCUUUGGCAUUUGAAUUGCUAUCUCUUAGUGUUUUUCUAGUUAUAUGCUUGCAUUUAUCUCUAUAUACCUAUUUGGUAGCUAUAACGACUGUGGCUUAAUGUGUGUGUGUGUGUAAUUUACGUUGCGUGUAAAAAUUGGAAGUAUAACAAAAUAUUCAAUUUAUUGUGAAAUGAAAUAUAUAAAACAAUUUUAUCUUAUACGAGGGAA